AUGGAGAAGAAACAAGGCUUCUUCUCUGCUCUCAAAGACGAGGUGGUUCGGGGUCUCAGCCCGUCUCGGUCUCGGGCCAGCAGCCCGGCCCGGUCCGGGUCGCCCAUGUCGGGUCUGCUCCGGAGGAAGAAGCAGAACCAUCAUCACAGCCACGGGCACGGUGGCCAGCUGGUGGCGCAGCCGGAACCGUUGAUUGGAAGAUCCGGGAGCCUGAGGCCGGUGAUGGAAGGUCCGGAUCCGGACGGAGGGGAACUCGGGGAAUCGAAGCGGGUCGGGUCGGGUUUGGGUCAGUGGAUGCGUGGGCAGCUCUCGCGGACCCCCUCGGUGAGCUCUGUGGCGCAAAGCAACAGCAGGAGGUCUGAUCUGAGACUGUUGCUUGGAGUCAUGGGGGCUCCUCUCGGCCCCCUACACGUCAGCUCCUCCGACCCUCUGCCUCAUCUGAGCAUAAAAAACACUCCCAUCGAAACUUCCUCUGCCCAGUACAUAUUGCAGCAGUACACAGCGGCGUCUGGUGGGCAGAAGCUGCAGAACUCAAUAAAAAAUGCUUAUGCAAUGGGAAAAGUUCGGAUGGUAGCUUCUGAGUUUGAAACUGCCACAAAGGUGACGAAGACCAGAAAUGCCUCUAAAUGUGCAGAGUCAGGUGGGUUUGUGCUCUGGCAGAUGAAUCCGGACAUGUGGUAUGUGGAGCUUGCGGUAGGGGGCAGCAAGGUUCAUGCUGGCUGCAAUGGAAAGCUUGUCUGGAGGCACACACCGUGGCUUGGUGCUCAUACUGCAAAAGGACCAGUGAGACCAUUGCGACGUGCACUUCAGGGUCUAGAUCCAAGAUCUACAGCUAGUAUGUUUACGGAUGCAAGAUGUAUAGGAGAGAGAAAGAUCAAUGGUGAGGAUUGCUUCAUCCUCAAGCUUUGUGCUGAUCCUCAGACUCUGAAAGCCAGGAGUGAAGGCCCUGCAGAGAUCAUAAGACAUGUGUUGUUUGGCUACUUCAGCCAGAGGACAGGGCUUCUUGUUCAUAUGGAGGAUUCCCAUUUGACCCGCAUCCAAUCCAAUGGUGGUGAUGCAAUUUACUGGGAAACCACAAUCAAUUCAUUCCUUGAUGAUUACAGGCCUGUUGAAGGAAUCAUGAUUGCACACUCAGGGCGUUCCGUGGUGACCCUUUUCAGGUUUGGUGACAUGGCAAUGAGCCAUACCAAAACAAGAAUGGAAGAAGCUUGGACAAUUGAGGAGGUUGCAUUUAAUGUUCCAGGCUUGUCAGUGGACUGCUUCAUCCCCCCGGCUGACUUAAGAUCGGGGACAAUCAGUGAAACAUGCGAGCUUCCUCAUGAUGAAAGAGGAAAGGGUGGUGGGAUUGCAAUAGCAGCGCAUCGGGCCAAAGUUGCUGCACUUGAGAAAGAGCAUAAUGCUAGUGUUGAAAGCCUGACCUGGAAGAUGGAAAUCUAA